AUAUCGUACAGAACAGUCGACUGUCAGUUCUCUGCACACUCAGCAGCACAGUGUUCGCCGCGUCGGCGAUCGAGACAGCUCCAACUACACUCGGGACAAUUCAGUCGCUCUAUUCAUUGGUGAUGCGAUCAUGGCCGAGCAAGUGGAGGAGUAUCGUUCGUGGCUGGACCCCCUGAUUCAGAAGAUUUCACCUAAACUGGGCGAGGAUUUCACCGACGUGCAAUACAAAAUAUCCGUUCCCACUGAUUCGCACUUCCUGUCGAGAUUAAUACUCGUGGAAAUCAUCGCCAAUAACAGCAAAGAAGAGAAGAAAGUAAAUUUAGUAGUGAAGAGGCCAUCCUUGGUGGAGGCUGUUAGAAAAAUGCUAAACAGCGAUCAACAGUUUCACAAUGAGAUUUUAUUUUAUAAGAAAUACGCAACAGAUAGAACAGACUUUUCCCGUUGCAUUUAUGCCGACGAGAAGCCGCCGGUGGACUCUGUGAUUGUUUUAGAGAACGUGAUAACCCGGUACGGCUACCAUCUCCAACGGGUGAAACAAGAUAUUCCUAUGGAAUACGCCAUUGCUGCGUGCAAGGAACUCGCACGAUUCCACGCGAACGCGUACGCGAUGAAGGAACAGCGUAAGGAAGAAUUCUUUGAUAUCAUAAACAAUAUCAGGGAGGAUAGAUUCCAUGAGCACGGGGAUGUUACUAUUGUUAUACAAGGAACAGCUGGCCGAGCUGUGGAGUAUCUUCGGGAUCAAAGUUAUGAUCAACGAUUCUGUGAUAAGAUGGACGUUUUAUUUGAAAACGUAUAUAAGACGGUGAUCGAGGAACAACUUCAACCUGAAGAACCACUGGCAACGCUAUGUCACGGUGAUUUCACUAUGAACAAUAUGAUGUUUAAAAGGGAAAAUGGAGAAAUAAAGACAUUGCUAAUUGAUUUUGCAACAAUUAGAUACAGCUCGCCUGCAAUAGACAUUUCUACAUUGUUGUGUUUGCAUUGCGCGAAAGACUUUGAUCAAGCUAUGCUGAACAAUAUCUUAAAAGUGUACCAUGACUCUUUGACACAAUGUUUAAAAGAGGCUGGUGUCGAUUGUGAAAAGUAUUCGUACGAAGCUUUCUAUGAGGAUUACAAGAAGAAGGGACUGUUUGGGUUUUUUAUUGCCUCGUUCUUUCUGGUCGUAGUGAUGAACAAAUUAUUGAUUAACCCGGAAGAUUUACUAAAUAUAAGCGUUGAGGAUGUUGUUACGAUGUUAUGCCAAGCUGGAGGAGAUGAAGUUUCGAAGAUUUUAGCGAACAUGCUGCUGACGUUGAAGGAAUUCGGUUGUCUUGAUCAUCUGCUUUAGUUAAUUUGUAUUAUUUACUUUUGAGAAUGGAUGUACGUAUAUGUGAUUUAUUGAAAUUAAUAUGUGAAUAUAAUAUAAUGUUUUUUACUUUCUCAUCGAGAAAUAUUACUUACAAAAUGUGCUGAUGUAUUUUCAUGUAAAAUAUUUUUCUAUAAAACACUUUACAAUAUUGUAUUUUGCUAAUCACUAUUUAAACAAUUAUUGUGAUUUGUAUUCCCUGUAAAGCACAGUGUAAAUUAUGAUUAUGUUAGAAUGAGUUUUGCAUAGAUAAGUUGUUUCGUUUGUAUACAUAGCGCGUGUCAUCGCAAACUUGUGAUAACACGUCAUAAAAGUGCCUUCCUAAACAUUGCAUACAAUAAAUAUCGAUAUCAAUAAACAAUAAUUUCCUGUUUAUGUAAGAAAUGCUCAUACUGAUAAAGAACUAUUUGUAAACUAUUAUAAAAAAGUAACUGUUAAGGCCUCCCCCAACGGGGGGAGUAUGUUUAACCGCGGAAUAAACAAUUUGACCGCUA